CAUGUUUUUGCAAAGACUGAUGCUCUGUUUAUCAACAGUAUGCUUGUUUUUCUAUAUGAUAGGACUCAGUUUCAUACUCAGGAUCAUGCAUUUUAUUUCACCAAGCCUCACCAAGAAAGUAAUCCUCAAAAUGGGUGAAAAGACGACCAUGACCCAGAAUCCCAACUUUAGAUAUGAGGACUGGGGUCUGACAUUUGUCUCUAUGAACUUCAUCAAAACUGCCUCUCAGCAUAUGUGGUUGUCUCUCGGACAAGAGGCCUUUGCGGGAGGAGAAGCUCCGGACUCAGCUGUGGUCAGCAUGGAGGGAGAGAAAACAAGCAUCUGCAAGUAUUUGAAAGGCAACAGACCGCUGGUGUUGAGUUUUGGAAGUUGCACCUGACCCCCAUUUAUCUACAAACUUGAGGAGUUCAAGCAACUCGUCAAGGACUUCAGCGAUGUAGCGGACUUUCUUGUGGUCUACAUCUCCGAGGCACAUUCAACAGACGGUUGGGCCUUUACCAACAACUUUGACAUCAACCAGCACCGGAGCCUGGAGGACAGGCUGUCUGCAGCACAGAUCCUGGUUCAAAAGGAGCCCCUGUGUCCGGUGGUUGUGGAUGAAAUGAACAAUGUCACUGCCAUAAAGUAUGGCGCUCUGCCUGAGAGGCUUUACGUGCUGCAGGCUGGGAAAGUUGUCUACAAGGGUUCGACGGGGCCUUGGGGCUACAAUCCACUGGAGGUGCGUUCGUUCCUGGAGAAGAUGAAAUAAGAAGGUUGUUUAUUCAAGUCAUGUAGUUCUGUAGCUGUUCUCUGGCAUCUCUUACAUCAACCAUUUCAUGUGUAGAAAUAGUAAAAUAAUAAUAAUGAUAGUAAUAAUAAUAGUAUAACCCUUGGAGGGUUGCACUAAUGUUUCCUUCUGGCUCUCCUAUGCUCCAAAAACGUAUCUCAACUGUCAAUCUCUGAGCUUGAACUCGCCUCUCAGCGUUUCUUAGUGACGACUACAGAUAAAACCGUUGGCCUCUGUAGCCAGAUGAAGUGAAACUCGGAGAGACAGUCCAGUCAAGAGUUUGUGUUUGAGGUAUCGCAUAAUGUACAGAUGUCACCGAAGUUGUCUUAAUGUCAAAGUUUAAAAGACCUUAAGAUUUAAGUCAAUGAAAGCACUUGUUUUCCACUUCUCUGGCAGUUAUCAUUAAGUAUACCAUCAGCAUUGUAAACUAUUAACCACUAAGGUUUCCUAUUGUCUAUGAAUGCUCCAAGGUAAUUUCACAGUAGGCUGCUUUUUAUAUGAUAAUUACAGUGCAAACCUCUGGUAACUGUAAUCUGAUGAAAGAUGACUUAAAAGUAGGCCUUCUCUGAAUUAUGUAGGAACACUUGUGAUUUUACACAUUUAAUGUAUAAUCUUGUUAAACAAUCUGCAUUUCCUUUUGAAUGUUCUUAUAUCACAAUCAAAUUUCUUCUGAAUGUUUCCAUUAUAGUAUAAUAAAGAAUAACCUGGGAAGA